GCACACAGAGCGCCGCGUCACCGGGCGGCGCCGGGCGGAAGCGCGGCCAUCGGGCAGCGGAGCGAUGGCGGAGCGCCGCGUCCUGCUGCUGGGCGAGGGCAACUUCUCGUUCGCCGCCGCACUCUGCGGGACCGCCGGGACCCGCGUGGUGGCCACCUGCUACGAGAGAGAGGAAGAGGUGGCGGCGCGGGGCCGGGCCAAGGAGAGCAUCCGGCGGCUGCGGGACGUGGGAGCUGAAGUUAUGUUUUCUGUGGACUGCGCCAAGCUGAAGGACUAUUUUUUACCAGCCAAAAGAGAAUUUGACUGCAUUUAUUUCAACUUCCCUCACUGUGGGAGGAAGGCUGGGGUGGUGAAGAACAGAGAGCUGCUUGCACGCUUCUUCCAUGGCUGUGCAGAAGUGCUGAUGCAGGAUGGAGAGGUCCACGUGGCUCUCUGCAGGGGGCAGGGCGGCACGCCUGCUGAUCAGCCCAGGAGAGAGUGGCACAACAGCUGGCAGGUGGUGGCGGUGGCAGCAGAAGCUGGCUUCAUCCUGAGUGAUGUUCAUCCCUUCCAAGCAGAGACUGCCCAUGGCUAUGAAUGUACGGGGUACAGGAGUCAAGAUAAAUCUUUCUGUAUAGAGGGUGCUUUAAACCACGUGUUUACACGAAGCACACCGCUUCUGUAUUGCAAACCUCUGAUCUGCGAGAUAGAACUGGAAAGCCGAAGAAUUUCUUUUCAAGUACCACAAGUACUUGUGGAUAAAAUUAACAGGGGUUUCCUAGAGCUAAAUUCAAGUCAUCCAGUAUGGACAAUAAAGGAGAAGCUCACUGCAGCACUCAGCCAAGUCUUUCCAUUACAAAGCAUUGACUACUGCCUUUCUCUGCUCCUCCAAGGUCGCCUCCAUGCUGCUUGUCACUCAAACAUUUUCUGGAUCCUUCUGAGCCCAGAGGAGACCCCAAGCGCUGAAGAAAUGGCCAGUGGGCAGGCAAAUGCAAUUUUAUUUUCCCAUGUUGAUUUUCACAGGAACACAGAUGAGAAUGUACAAGAGGGAUGUCAAACUUCAAAGCAGUGUUAUCUUAGACCUUCCCUUCUGCCUUAUGCUGAGGCAAUAAUAAAAAGUGCAGCCUUUGUCCCAGGGACACUUUACGUUUUUUCUGGCCCAGUCUUCAGGAAGUGCCGUGUCUCUCCUUACUGUAUGCCUGUUUUUCAUGAGGUGGUUUUUGUAUGUGCAGUUAACAGAGGUUCAGAGAAAAGCUGUAUACAGAUGGUAGUGGACAAAAUUAAAACCAGCAUACAUUCUCUUCACCAGACCAUUUCUGAUUUUAAGUUGAGCAUCAGUCUGCAGGAAUCAGCGAGCUUGGGAACAGCUGAGCUCAGUGAGUUUGCUGCUUUUGAAUCUCAGCUUGGUAAAAUUCAGUUCUUCCUCUGCAUGGAGGCAGAUACUUGGGACUCGUCUGAGAAGGGCUCCUGUGUGGGAGUGGUAAGGACAGCUCCAUGUGGGCCAGCAGGCAGAGAUUUGGUUGCUGUCUUUGCUUCACUGAAUCUGGACCUCGUGGCCAUGCUCAUCUGUGCCAUAGAUGACUGGCGCAUGCUCUGGACAUCAGAUGCACGCUUCCUCCGUCAGUUCCCUGCAGGAGAGCUACGGCUUUUCAGGAGCUUCUCUCUCUACCCACCUUCUUAUGUGCAUGACGUCAGUUUUUGGCUUCCCGAUGGGGAACAGUUUGAUGACGUUGCUUUUCACACCAUUGCUAGAGAAGUAUCAAGUGAAGCGGUGGCAUCCAUCUGUUUACUUGAUAGGUUCCAGCAGCUGGGGACGGGCCGGAACAGCCUGUGCUUCCGGCUGACCUUCCAGAGCUGCGACAGGGCGCUGGGCCACAGGGAGGUGGCAGCCAUGCAGCUGCGCUUUCGGGAGGAAAUCACUCAGCGGCUGCGUGUGGCCCUGCGGUAGUGCUGUGCAGUGCUGGGACAGUGCUACGUGUGGCCCUGCAGUAGGGCUGGGUAGUGCUGCUGUCUGCAGAAUGCGGCAUCUCACAGCGCUGUGCGGUGUUGCGGUGCCUCUUACAAAGGUGAGAUUCAGUAUCUGUAGGUUGUAAAUGUGGAAAUCUGCUAAUAAAAAAGAUACCUCCA